AUGAGCGAUGGCAGCGAGCCGGCCCCAUGGGCCAAGAUCCCCAAGCUGAUCGUGUUCGACCUCGACUUUACGUUGUGGUACCCCGAGAUGUAUGAGCUUGCUGGCGCGCCCUUCCGCCGCAACAAGGCCGGCGUUGUCACGGCGCGCGACGGCGAAGAAGUCCAUCUCUUCGACCACGUCCACGCUGUCCUUAACGAAAUCGCGACCGCGCCCGCGUUUGCCAGCACCGAGGUCGCUGUGGCCUCGAGCACCACGUAUCCGCACUGGGCGCGCGACUGCAUGGGGCUCAUCCACGUCCGAACCGACGAGGCCAAGAAGCCCAAGGGCAAGAAGCCACCAUCACCGCGCGUGCUCCACAGCUUCAUAGACUACCAAGCCAUUUACCCCAAGAACAAGCAAGUGCACUUCAAGCAGCUCCACGAAGAGUCAGGCGUCGCGUACGAAGACAUGCUCUUCUUCGACAACGAGCAUUACAACAUCGUCAACGUCCAGCGGCUCGGCGUCGUCUGCGCCUACUGCCCCGACGGCCUCACCCUCGCCGUGUGGAAGGAGGGCAUGGAGCGAUUCCAGACCAAGGCCGCGCUCGACGAUACCUCCGACUAUUAG